GUCAUCUUGUUUCGUCCGAAGGAAAGAUUACUUCCUACGAUAAGCGCGACUGACAGAAACUGCCUAAGUUGUUUCAUUCAUCACUUCGGAUAGCGAUAAGUCCUGCGAAAUACUCUGAUAGCAGAUGUUGCGUAUAAACUUAUCAUGCUGCCUGGAUAGAUGACAUCACUAAGCAAAGGAUCGUGGAAGCAUUUUUCUGUUGCAGCAUUUAUGUGUCUUACGAUUUGUGCUGCCAAAAUUGACGUGCUGUUGCGGAUUUAAUUACAUGUAGUUUCUGCUUUGCAACUAAUCUGUAGAUUAUGGAUCCUAUACAAUAUGAUAUUAAUAAGUGGCUGGAAGAGAAUAAGAAGUUUUUCGUGCCUCCUAUCUGCAAUAAGUUAAUGUAUAAAGAUGGUCAGUUGAAAGCGUUCUUCGUCGGAGGACCCAAUUCAAGGAAAGAUUUUCACAUGGAAGAAGGAGAAGAGUUUUUCUACAUGCUCAAAGGGGAUAUGCGACUUGUGGUUCAUGAGAAAGGCCGCUUUCGUGACAUAAAAAUCCGUGAAGGAGAGGUGUUUCUUUUACCUUCAAGAAUACCUCACUCCCCUCAACGUAUAGCUGACACGAUUGGAUUGGUCAUCGAGAGGGAAAGGGCCCCCAAUGAAACAGAUCUGUUGAGGUAUUAUAUUGACGGGACUGAUGAUAUUCUGUAUGAGAAAUGGUUUCGUUGCGAAAAUCUCGAAGAACUCGGCCCUCUCAUCAAAGAAUACUUCAACUCAGAAGCGUACAAAACAGGGAAACCCAUUCCAGGCUCUCUUCUGGAAGAUAAACCUAUAAAACAAGAUUUUGAGAGAAAUUUAGGGGAUCCUUUCUCUUUGCAAGAAUGGUUAGAAAGUAAUAAGGAAAUAUUAGAUAAAGAAGGCAAAAAGAAACUAUUUGAUGGGCAUUAUGUCUCAAGAAUAGAUGUGCUUGGAAAAGGAGAACAUUUUCCAGACAAUGAUUUACCAGAAACUUUUCUGUGGCAAAUAGAGGGAAAAUCUCGCAUCACAGUGGAUGAAAAGCCUUAUGACUUUCUGAAAAAUCAAACAAUGUUGAUCCAAUCAGGAAGCAGAUAUUCCAUUCUAAAUGACGCUGGAAGUCGAACUCUAUCUGUAGUAAUGAAUCCCGUUUAAUCAAAAUUUGAGUGGAAAUAAUCGCCUUCUUGGAAAUUCAUGGAUGAAAAAUAUCUUAUACAGAAUUUACGAGCAACAUUUUGGAAUUCAAUAGUCUGAAUUAUUUCAUUUUUCCUACAUUUCACUGAGUUUUUACAUCAAUUGCAGAAUUUACGAACAACAUUUCGGAAUUCACUAAUUGGAACUAUUUUAUAUCUCGGAUACUUUAUAACAGUUUUUAUACUAUUUCAGAAAUGUUUUAUAAUAUUGUGUGUAAGGAUUAUUAGAUGAUUUUACUUAUUAUUCUUAAAUGUAUUUUGACAUAUUCUUUAAAAAAUUAUGAAUAUUUUUGUAUUUUCCAUUAUUUACUCUCUCAAUAUAUGUAUAUUUUUUUUUUAUUUUUUUAGAUAUGUUUCUUCAUUUGUUUCUUCAAAACUACCUGCAAUAUAUUUUCAGAAGUAGUGCUUAUAUGUUUUUUUUUCUAAAUUGACCGCAUUUAGAUUUAGGAUUUUGAUCUUAAUUCAUUAAAAAUUGAUCUAGCUAUUACUAAUGUAGUCCUAUAUUAUGUCAAAGGCGUUAACCUAUCUAUUGAAUGAAUAGACACUCCGAUGACUAGCUGUGUGAAGAAAAUUAAUUUCUAAUAUUUAACUGAUACUAUAGUCUAUGUAUUUCUGUAGGCGGUUCAAGGUCACAUUUUCUACCUAGUU